CUCCAGAUCAUUCUUAUAAAAAUCUUGCUCUCCAAGACAUUCUUGCUCCGUGAUCGUUUGGAAUUCCACUGAUUGAUGCAACAACUGAUUCAUCUUUUUGAGUGAAUGAUCAUGGCUGGCUCGGAAAAUGCUGAUGUGAUGAAAAUGGACUCUUCUGGUCAGAGUCAAGACAAAAGCAAUGUCUUAGAAGCUGAUACGAAGCCGCCAUGUUCUGAUGAUCAGAAGAGCCCUGAAUCCAAUUCCUCUGUUGAGAUAUCAAACCCAACAAAGGACCAGAACAGUGAAGGGACUCUCAAGAGUGAGAUAAGUCAUUUGGAUGUUAAGUUUUCUAAGUUGAAUCCGAUGGCUAAGGAAUAUGUUCCACAUUCACUUGCUCAAGCCCACUCUGGGUUUGUGAGUAAUAUGGUAUGGCGUAACAAUAACAUCGCAAUGAUGCAAACUAUUCCUGCUGUGGAGAAUGGCCAUUUUGAUACAAGGAGAGGGAACUUUGGCCAAGGGCAAGGAUGGACGAACAGAAAAACAAGCUUGGCUCAGAAUACAGAUGUAAUCAGGAGAACUGUAUAUGUCUCAGACAUUGAUCAACAGGCUACUGAGGAGCAACUUGCCCGUCUCUUCCUUUCUUUUGGUCAGAUUGUUGAUUGUCGUAUCUGCGGUGACAGUAACUCUAUUCUUCGUUUUGCCUUCAUUGAAUUCACUGAUGAAGAGGGAGCUAGGUCUGCUUUAACAAUAUCGGGUACUCUGUUUGGUUCUCAUCCUAUUAAGGUUCUUCCCUCCAAAACAGCUAUUGCACCUGUUAACCCGACUUUCCUCCCAAGGUCUGAGGAAGAGCGCGAGAAAUGUGUGAAGACUGUUUACUGUACUAAUAUUGACAAGGAGGUCACACAAAGGGAACUGAAAGAUUUCUUUAGAACAGCCUGUGGGGAGAUUCAACAUUUGAGGCUUCUUGGAGACUAUCAUCACCAAACCCGCAUUGCUUUUAUUGAAUUUACCCUGGCGGAAAGUGCACUCUCUGCUCUUAAUUGCACCGGUGUUGUCUUGGGCGGGCUCCGUGUAAGGGUAAGCCCGUCAAAGACGCCAGUAAGGCCACACCCCAAUGAUUUAAACUAGAGUAUAAUCACAGCCCGAUCACAGAGAUCAGGUCAAGAAGAGAAAGAGAGAACAAAACUCAUUUUAAGAUAAUACUUAAGUCGUUUUCUGUUCGUAUAAACAUCCUCUUGUUUCUUUAAUUGGCAGGUCUUUUUAGA